AGAUUGAACCUCUAUGACUACUUCAUGGAGCAGUAUCAAAAGGAGCGUAUGUCAAAAUGGAAAGAUUUUGUGGGACGUACAAAUCCUAAAAUGGUGCCUUAUGCAAAUCUUGAUCUCAAUAAGCGAGCCGGUAAAGGUGGAACGGAUCCUGUUUAA